AUGUCACUCGCGUCACUCACUAACCGAUUCUUCUUUCCACGUCGUACAACAAUCGUCUCGUUUCAUAGCAUUAUGAGUAAACACGAACUCUUUUCGACUUGUACCAAUUUGGCAUCUCUCAAGGGACAAAACUUUAUGUCUACAGCGGAGCUGGAUACGGAGCAACUUCUAGGACUUUUGACCAAAGCACAAGAGUUUAAAGUCACGUAUUCGGAUAAAGAUACAAAGGCGUCGGCUUCUAAGCCACUUACGGGUGAAAUCUGUUCAAUGAUUUUUCAAAAACGAAGUACGCGCACGCGCAUUUCGAGUGAAGUGGGAAUGCAUUUGUUGGGUGGAAAAGGACUCUUUCUCUCAUCUGAUGAUAUUCAAUUGGGUGUGAAUGAAACACUCAAGGACACGGCACUUGUGCUCUCACGCUUUAAUAGCCUUAUCCUAGCACGUGUGUACGACCACAAAGACAUUCUAGAGCUUGGUGAAUUGGCUACGGUGCCCGUGAUAAAUGCACUUUCGGACAAGUUCCACCCGUUGCAGAUGUUGGCCGACUAUAUGACAGUCAAGGAACAUUUUGGCAAAAUCGAGGGUCUUACGUUUGCCUGGGUGGGUGACGGCAACAAUGUACUGCACGACUACAUGUUGGCCGCUCCUAAACUCGGUGCCAACAUUCAGAUUGCCACGCCUCAGGGCUAUGAGCCCGACCAGGACGUCGUGGACGAGACCAAGCGCCUCGCCGCGCUUGCAGGUACCAAGGUUAUCAUGACCACCGACCCUGUGGAAGCUGUCAAGGGCGCAAACGUCGUGGCCACCGACACGUGGAUCAGUAUGGGCCAGGAGGAGGAGGCGCAAAAACGUCUCAAGGACUUUGCAGGCUACCAGAUCACUAACAAGAUGUUGCAAAAUGCGCACGACGACCACGUCUUCCUGCACUGCCUGCCGCGUCACCAGGACGAGGUCGAUGACGAGGUCUUCUACGGACCCCGCUCGCUCGUGUUUGACGAGGCUGAGAAUCGGCUGUGGACGGUGAUGGCCGUGUACGCGUCGCUGCUUGGCAAGUUCUAG